GCCCCGUCCGGGGCGGCGGGCGCGCCCGGCUCGCAGGUGUCCGUGCACGUCUCCGUGCUGGCGGGCCCUCGGGCAGCGGGCCCGGGCGGUGCUGUUGGCUCGGCGCAGCGCGGCGCGGAGGAGGGCGCCCAGCUGACGCUCGUGGUCGAGGUGCCCGGCUACGGCGUCGAGGAGGCCCCCUUCCACCAGCUCCUCCUGAACUCCAGCGGGCGGGCAGCGCUGCUAGUGGCGCCCCGAUGCUGUGCGGCAUUUGUGGUGCCGGAGCUGGACGCGGUCGCCUCGGACACCGGCAGGGCCCACGUCUCCGCCGUGCCCCUCGCGCCCUCGGACGCCCCGCGAGACGCUUCCCGCUCCACCGACGUCCGCUUCGUGAAGCUGCUGUGGCACCCCCUCAGCGACCUCCACGUCGGAGCCCUCCUCAGCGACGGCACGUGGCAGCUGCUCGACCUCUCGCGGAGGGCGACGGCCGCCUGCCCGGAGGUGCAGUUCGAGGUGGCCUUCGGGGGCAGCGCGGAGCCCGGCGAGGGCGUCGCGGACUUCGCCUUCGGCGCCCUCGCGGGGGGCCCUGGCGCACCCGCUGGCGCCGUGGGCGACCUGUGGCCCUGCAUGGCCGUCGUGUUCCUGAGCACCCGCGGCCGGAUGUGCUUCCGGAGCCCCGUGCUCCCGGCGCAGGCCCACCUCCCAGGCGGGAGCCGGGAGCAGGUCCUGGGUGCGCUGAGCAGGGAGGGCCCCGGCGACGUGGAGGCCCAGGCGUACGCCUGCGAGGCGCUGCGGCAGCAGGGCGGCCCUGCCGUGGCUCCGCCUGCGCCGCCGCCCGAGGCGGGGGUGCCCGUGCGGCACCGGCUGCACAUGCACGGCGACGCCAGGGCCUACGCGCAGCGGUGGACCCCCGCGGAGCAGGUGCUGGUCGAGGAGAGGGACGAGACCCCAGGGGACCAGACCCCGCGGUCGCCGAGACACCGCGGCGGCGACUACUGCAGCGUGCACGUGGUCGCGCACUCGCCCGCGGCGGUCCUCGCGCGCGCGACGGUGACGGGGCUCGUGGAGAUCGUCAUCCUCAGCGGUGGGCUCAGUCCGAAGUUUCAGCCGCGUGGGGCGAGAGCUUCCUGCGCGGAGAAGAGCGAAACCAGUUUUGCCACCUUUGACGAGAUCGACCUGGCGCUCGGCACCACCAAGAUGCCCAUGGUGUGCCUGUCCGGGGCCCCCCCGCUGCAGGGCGACGACUCGGAGGGUGCGGCGCCGGUCGUGCUGGCGCGCUCCAGGGGGCUGGUCGCGGCGAUCGAGCUGCCCUGGGUGGGCGUUCUGCAGCACGGCGCCGGGGCGCAGGUGGAGAGCCUGCCUGCCGCGUCGGUCGCCACCGUCUCCGAGGUGAAGCCCGGGGACGGCGGCCGCGGCGAGAUCGCCGGCUGGCAGCUGCUCCCCGGCGCGAGCGGCGCCCUUGGGCUCUCGCUGCACGUGGGCGACGCGGGCGCGCCCGCGGCCCAGCACGCCGACGUCUGGGCGGCGCUGCGGGCGAUGGGCACCGCGACCGCGAGGCCGCGGGCGCCGAAGCCGCCGGGGGGCGCCGGGGCGCCCCGCGGCGGCGCCUGCGACGCGCCGGGGCGCGAGGAGUACCUGCGGCACCUGGCUGCGCCGGACCUGCUGCCGCGCGCGCAGGGGGCGGGCGGCCUGCGCUUCUUCGGCGCGGGGGCGGGCGGGGACAGCCAGGAGGCCCCCGCCGCCAGCGCCGUGCUGGAGGCGGUGGCGGAGGCGCACAAGGGGCAGAUUGCCAGCCUCGAGGGGAGGCAGCUUGUCCUGGAGCACCUGGCGGGGCGCCUGCCCGUGCGCGCGGAGGGCCUGAAGGCCGAGGUCGCCCAGCUGAAGAAGAUGUCGGACGAGCUCGACGAGGCGAGCAGGCAGAGCGAGAGGAAGCUGAGGACGAUCCUCGACGAGCAGGAGAAGCUGAAGGAGCAGCACGACGAGCUGGUCUCAGCCCUGCGCGCCGAGCUCGAGUGCCGGGAGCUCGGCGGCCUCGCCGCCGCGGAGCUCCCGCGGCUGUGGUCGCACCUGCACGACUUGCGACAGGCCCGCGCCGCCGCGGCGUUGCCGCCGCGGUGGACGGACACCUCCGCGGGCGACCUCCGCAGGGCCGCCGCGCGCGCCGAGGCGGCCGCGGCGGCCCUGGCCGAGCGCGCUGAGCGCGCCCGCGCCGGGCACGCGUAG